AUGUCUUCUCACGCUAAAAGCUCACCAAAAGAUGCACAGGUGAUGUCUGCUAUUCUCAAAGACAUGGGGGUCUUAGAUUCAGAAACUCGGAUCAUCAAUCAAAUGUUGGAGUUUACUUACCGUUAUGUCACUGAUAUUAUAGAAGAUGCCAAAGUCUACUCUAGUCAUGGAAACAGGAAAGUGAUAGAAACUGACGACAUCAAGCUGGCAGUUCAGAUGAAGCUUCUAAUGGAGGUGGCCAGGCAGAAGAACACCCAGCCCCUGCCGCUGGUGAAGCCUUACUGUGGUCCCAGGCUGCCCCCAGACAGGUACUGUCUGACAGCUCCCAACUACAAGCUCAAGUCUUUGAAGAAG